GCUUAUUAUCAGAAUCUUGAUGGCUCUUUUGAAAAGGUACCCGGGGUUAUUCCUAACCCAAAUAAGCAGAGCAACCAAUCAACGAAGCUUCAGUGUCAGUGGUGUGUGCAGUGCAAUACAGAAGAUGACCCGUGUGCGAGUGGUGGAUAACAGUGCCUUGGGAAAUACACCAUAUCACCGGCCGCCAAAAUGCAUCCAUGUGUACAACAAAUCUGGAGUGGGCAAAGUAGGGGACAAAAUCCUUCUGGCUAUCAAAGGGGAAAAGAAGAAGGCCUUAAUUGUUGGUCAUAGGAGGCCUGGCCCUCCCAUGACUCCAAGGUUUGAUUCCAACAAUGUGGUGCUUAUUGAAGAUAAUGGGAACCCAGUAGGGACAAGAAUUAAGACUCCAAUACCCUCUCUACUGCGGAAACGGCAAGGAGAAUUCUCCAAAGUGUUGGCCAUUGCCCAGAACUUUGUGUAACAAAAAAGUGAACAUCUUGUGUCAUCUAUCUCCCCCCCCCCACUUUGAUCCCUCCUAGAUUUGAGGGAGAAAAAUAUGACCAGCUCCUUUUUGUGACUGUUGUUGUUCUGACAUGCAUUAAUUAAAACUCGGAAUAUUAAUCCACUAUUUUGCUUUGCAUGAUUGGUGCUUUUUAGAGCAGGGAGGGAGGCAGGAAGGGGAGAGGUGGGCAAAUACUAUGAUAUGACGGUCUGGGGGGCAAGCUAGGGCUUGAACACUGGGGAUGAUGUGGGAAAAGUCGCUUGUGUAUUUUUCUCUUUCUUUCCAAGUUUUAUUUGUUUGAAAUAUUUUAUAUUCAAAAGUUUUUUCCAUGCUCCAGCUGGAGAAAAGAAGAAGAAAGAAGUGGUAUAUCAGGACAUUGAUGCCAUAAUCCCUGUGAAGAGAAAUAGAAAGGAAAUAGAGAAAAAGGAAGACCAUGUCUAGUAUCAUUUUCUCACUCCCUUUCUGGCUUUAUCAUGAAAUAAAUUAUGAUGAUGCUUUAGUAA